AUGAGCAGCGCGGAGCUGCCGCUCGGCGCCGGGCCGCGGGCAGCGCCCGCCUGGCAGCGGGAGAUCCUGGAGCGCAAGCGGGCCAAGCUGGCCGGGGCGGGCGGCGAGCCCGAGCCCCCGGCCGGGGAGCGGCUGGUGGUGGCGGAGAGCCUGGGCCCGCUCCGCGAGAACCCCUUCAUGCGGCUGGAGAGCGAGCGGCGCCGGCUGCGGCAGGGACGGCCCGGGCCCGGCGCCGCGGCGCGGCCGCUGCAGCAGCUGCUGGAGCUGUACAGCGCCGUGCCCGGCAUCCGCACCAUCCGCGCCGACAACAUCCUCAUCAUCGAGUCCCGCGCCGACCCCGCCGCCUGCUUCGCCGCGGGGGAUGCGCCGCCCGCCCGCCGCCGGGACCCGGCCGGCGCCGACCCGCUGCGGGAGCUGCUGGCCCGGCGCGGCGCCGCGCUCGCCGAGAUCCGCGCCGACCAGGUCGUCAUCUACGAGACGGCCGAGCCGCCGGAGCCGCUCGAGGCGGCCGAGCCGGGCACCGUCAGCCGCCUCCUGGAGAAGUUCGGGCAGCGGCCGCGGGGCCGCCGUCGCCGCGUUGGGGACGCGCUGCCCGGGACCGGCGGGGCCGCGGCUCCGCCGCAGGUGGGACCGGGCGCUGCCCGGGCCGCGCCGCCCGCUCCGCCCGCGGGACCCGGCUCCCCCCGUGCCCCCGUGCCCCUCCAGAAGGGGCCCGGCUUCCCCCGGGCUCCGGCGCCAAAGGCGGGACCGGCAUCUCCGCCCGCGGUCCCGGCCACCCCUCCGCCGCUCCCGGCUCCCCCCCGGGCCGCCACCCCUCCAGCGGUGCCAGCGGCCCCCCAGCCCACAGUCCUGCCGCCGGCUUCCCCCCGGGCUGUCACCCCGCCGCCCACGGCCCCUCCACGGGUUGUCACCCCCCCGCCCACGGUUUCCCCUCGGGCUGUCACCCCCCAACCCACGGCACCUCCCCGGCCCGUGUCCCCCCAGCCCACCCCGGCUCCCCCACGGGCUUUCACCCCCGAGCCCGCGGCCCCCCAGCCCGCCCCGGCUCCCCCCCGGGCUGCAGCCCCCCAGGCGGCCCCAGCUGCCCCCAAGGCUGCGGCCCCUCAGGCCAACUGCUUUGUCCACAAGAUCAGCUCCAACUCCUUCACGGUCACACCCCGGGGGCAGCUCCCCAGCGCCCGCGUCCCCGAGCCCGGCGCUGUCCCCGCCGGCCGCCCCGCAACGCCCAAGGGGCCACCAGUGCCAUCCACCAGCCCUUCCCAUGCCAGAGCCAACGCCAGGAGGCCAAAGCCGGAGCAGGCCGAGGUGGCCGUGUCCCCCCUGCCCAGUGCCAGUCCGGCCCCCAGUGCCACCGGCGCCGUUCAGCCGCUCUCCGCCUCAGCCCCCCGGGCCGGGGGCUCCUUCGAAAUCCUCCCGGCCCCCAAACCCGACCUGGCGGCCAUCCCAGCCCACGAUCUGCAGGCACAGGCUCUGGCCAAGCUGCGCCUGAAUUCGCGCAAUUCCUUCGUGUUCGUGCCCCGCCGGGAGGGCAGCCCGGCUCGGCCGCCGGCGCAGAUUGCCAGGCCGGGGCCGCCGCCACCGCCCUCGGAGGAGAAGGCACCCCCGGAGCCCCCGAGGGCUCCCGCCCCCGAGCAGGAAGAGCCCAUCACUUACCCAGCGGCGCCUGUGGAUCCUCUGGUACCCGUGACUUACAUCGAUGACAUUGUGGAGCCGGACAGCGGGGCUGGCCCGGCUGCGAGGACGGGGAGCUUGGCGGAUCAGCCCGGAGCAGCUGGCCCCGACCUGGAGAUGGAGUUUUCCUCUGUCCCCCUCUACAGACCGCACUCUGCCCCCCAGCAGAAGGGAGGCAGCACCUUCACUGUCGUGCCCAAAAGGAAGCCCGUGGCCCCGGGGCUGCAGGCUGUCCCCGAUGCCAGCGGAAGGCCGCAGCGGGAGGAAGAGGAGGAGGAGGAGGAGAGCAAAGCGAGAGGCAAAGCCGUGGAGAACGCUGAUGGGCCUCAAGUGGGGGUACCCCAUAAAAAGCGCUACCCCACGGUGAACGAGAUCGAAGUGAUCGGGGGGUACCUGUCCCUGGAGAGGUCCUGCAUGAGCAAGACGGGCUCGCGGCGCAAGAAGAUGAAGAUCUCUUUCAACGAGACAAGUUUGCAGACGAUGUUUGAGUACCCCUCAGAGAGCUCCCUGGCAGAAGAGGAUGAGGAGGAGGAAGGACACACUUCUGAAACAGAUGAAAAAUCUCGGACCUUUUAUAUUCCACGCCCAAACAGCACUUUGCAUCCCAGUACACCUAACUCAGCAGAUUUAUCCAGCUACACCCCAAAGCACUCUGUGAAGUUCAGCGAGUGGCAGGAGCAGAAGUAUGAGGGUCCUGCUGCAGAGGGAUCCCUCCCAAAGGAUGCUGAUUCCCAGGGGAACCAAGUUAUGCUCACCCCGGCGGACAAGGGCGGUCUCUCGGAUUUCAGCAGCGAGCCCGCGCUCUAUUUCUGAGGCUGCCGGGCAGGAGGGGCAGCGCAGCCCGCACCGCAACCGCGGCUCUCCCCAUCCUGCUGCCAAGGCUGGAUGGACCACGUGCUCCCAUCUGGGCAUCUGCGGACAAUAUUUGCACUGGAUUUUGGGACCGAAUCACUGCUCCCGAGGCGUAUGAUUUAUUCUGCCUGUGGCCUUGCAUGUUCCUUGUUCAAGAUCAGCUGCGGUUAGGCAAGUGUGAGAAGGACAUCUGUGAUUCUGGGAUGGAUGUGGAUUUUUCUCAGUGCUUGUCUGAGUCCAGGCACUGUGCAGGGUCUGGACAGCUUUUGCAACCCUUCUCCCCAGUGGAGCACUGGGCAGUUGGGUGGGUUCACAGCCUGACGGUGAUUUGACACAUUGGGUGUCAGUUUGGAAAACCACUGAAGGUUCGUGGUUUGUCCUUGGCAUGUUUCCAGCUCUGGUUUCACUGAAACAUCAUGGAAUUCAUGUGCCAGUUACAUGCUUGUGGAAUUCACUGAACACCCUGAGGGAGGGAUGGGAAGAGCAAUGAAUGCCUUUAGAUUUAGAUGUUACUUUUGCACCAAUUAGUACAGAAUUGUCCAGGCUGCCUCCAGCCUCUUGAAGAUUCCCAAACAUUGGCCAUAGCUUUGGUCUGUCCUUCCCAAUUCUGGCAUCCAGUCUCUGGGAGUUGCUGGUUGUGCUCCAGUUUGCCAGCUCCUCUUGUUGCUUUGUUCCAAACCUGAUUGAUCUCUCUUGGUUGCUUCCUUCAAGCCACACUUGCUCUGCUCUUCUAGUCAAAGCACAGGAGGGAAGUUUCACUCCAUUCUUCUGCAGAACUUGAACAAGGAAUGUGGGUUAUUUUUUGUUUUUUCUAGGAUUUUUAUAGUUCUAUUAUAAUUGUUUAAUGCAGCCAAUAUGCAAAGGAAUCUGCUAGAAUCUUCCAUUCAAGUUUUCUACUACUGUAAACUCAGGGUCAAAAUUGCACUCUGGAACAGAUGGAGCAGUGCUGCUAAUGUGAUUUGUACUUUGGGAUUAAAAGAGAUGUGAGAACA